CGCGCCUCGCUCGCCACACAGCAGGCCGGACCAGCCCCGCAGCCACCAGCCACAGCCAGCACCGCAGACCGCCCAGACAUGAAGCUCGUGAUCGCCCUCGCUGCUCUCGUCGCCGUGGCGGUGGCGUCCCCGCAGUACGGCCACUACGGUGCCCCCGGCCCCUACGGCGGCGGCUACGGCGGGCCCGGCGCCCCGAACGCGCUCCCCGCCGACACGCCCGAGGUGGCGGCGGCUAAGGCGGCGCACUUCGCCGCGCACGCGCAGGCGCGCAACCAGAACGGCGCCCCCGGCGCCUACAACCCCGGCGCCUACAAUCAGGGCGCCUACAACCCCGGCGCGUACAACCAGGGCGCCUACAACCCCGGCGCGUACAACCCCGCUCCCUACAACGCCGCCCCCGCCUACAACCAGUACAACGCCGCGCCCUACGGCCACGGCCAGUUCGGCCCCGGCGGCCUGCCCCAGCCCCCUCAGGACACCCCCGAGGUGGCCGCCGCCAAGGCUGCGCACCUGCGCGCGCACGCCGCCGCGGGGGGCAACCCGCACUACGGCUGA